AUUUUUUCGAAGCUGCAGUCAGACUUGCACGGAAGACGAACGUGUGAAAGAACGCCGUCCAGACAGUCCUCAUAACAAUCUCCUAACUGUAGCCUACCAAUAGGAGGACAACAUUUGAUUUCUUUCAAGGAUUAUCUACAUUGUCUUGCCCUGCCACUUGCCUGUCCAGCAAUCUCUGCAUAACAUCUAUACUCAACGUUUUCCAUAAUCCAUUUGACCAUGUCCAAUCAACCAUCAUCUGGAUAUGCGGCUGUAAUAUCAGCCCUUACUGUCAAUUCACCUGUUACCCCUGAACCAUCCCUCAAUCCCGAACCUGCACCUGAAGCAGUUACCCCCAAGAUAGCUACCUCCAGCCAAACCUUGGCUGCAAGCCCACCCCCUAAAGAUCCAUAUCCUCCUUCAACGGAGCCUUUUGAAUCUGAUGACGAGGAACAAGAAAAUUUGUCAGAUUACUGCAUUGGUGGGUACCACUCAGUGGAAAUCGGAGAGAUAUUCAUUGAUCGUUAUCAAGUGGUAAAAAAGUUGGGAUGGGGCCACUUCUCCACGGUAUGGCUCUGCUGGGACAUUCAUAAGAGGCGGUUUGUGGCUCUGAAGGUGGUGAAGAGUGCUCCGACCUUCACAGAAACGGCAUUGGAUGAAAUCAAACUACUUAAAUGUGUCCGGGACACUGACCCAACAGAUCCUAAACGAGAGACAAUUGUGCGACUCAUUGAUGACUUCAGAAUUUCUGGGGAAAAUGGAGAGCAUAUAUGCAUGGUUCUUGAAGUUCUGGGUCACCAGCUUCUGAAGUGGAUUAUUAAAUCGAACUACACUGGCCUCCCUCUACCCUGUGUCAGGAGCAUACUUAAACAGGUUCUCCAGGGUUUAGAUUAUAUGCAUACUAAAUGCAAGAUCAUUCACACAGACAUCAAGCCGGAGAAUAUCCUUUUGAGAAUGGAUGAGAUUUACAUGCAGGAGCUGGCAGCCAACACAAAGCUCUGGCAGCUUCCAGUGUCCCCUACUCCCACCAGCUCCUUAGUGAACAACAGUCCAAAAGAAAAACAGAGUAUGUCCAACUGGUUGGGGAAGUUGACUGUAGUUGUCCAGACUCUUGGGGUGUGGAGUGGAAAGGUUUCCCGCAGCCGGAGGAAAAAACUGUCAAGGAAGGAGAAGAAACAUCAACAACUGCAGGAGGGAGCAAGUGAUGCUGACUUGCAGAGGAGGGCAAAACCUCACGUAUCAUUCUCUGAUAGCAACGCUUCCUGUAGCUCCCCCAGUUCAAUCUUUCCCCCUCAGCUUCCAGGUCCUGUACAUACCACACGCAGAGGGACAUUGCUCCAUGAGGAAAACACUGACAGCAGGAAAUCGCUUUCACAUCAGAGGGAACACAAACGGGACCCUUCCCUCUCCCCCAUACCCAGCUCUGCCCAUGCAAGGACUACCAAGUCAUCAACUUCUGGGUCUAGAUCUGCAUUGUUACCUUAUUCUACGGAUGACUGUCAACCUCAGUUGCUACAUGAACACAGUGAAAGUGAUGUAUUGGUGAAUCCUCUGAAACCACAGAAUGCUGAUAAGGUCCUCAUAAAGAUCGCAGACCUGGGAAACGCCUGCUGGGUGCACAAACACUUCACAGAGGACAUCCAGACGUGUCAGUACCGCUCUGUGGAGGUCCUGAUAGGAGCUGACUAUGGCCCUCCAGCUGACCUCUGGAGCACCGCCUGCAUGGCUUUUGAGUUGGCAACAGGAGAAUAUCUUUUUGAACCCCAAUCAGGGGAGAACUACUCUCGAGAAGAAGAUCACAUCGCUCACGUUAUUGAGCUACUGGGACCCCUACCAUCUCACUUUGCCCUUUCUGGAAAACAUUCCAGGCGUUACUUUAAUCACAAAGGCCAGUUGCGGCGCAUUUCGAAACUGAAGCCUUGGAGUUUGUGUGAGAUUCUGCUGGACAAGUAUGAGUGGCCACAGGAACAGGCAGCACAGUUCAGUUCCUUUCUACUGACCAUGCUGGAGCUUGUCCCAGAGAAAAGAGCCACUGCGGCCCAGUGUCUGAAACACCCCUGGAUGUUGUCAUAGGCUUCUGUCUGCUCUACCCAUGUCUCAGAUGACACACACACAUGUCUGCUUUGCAAAGGAUCUAAACACACUUUGAUAUUUAAUAUGGUUUCUUACAGCCAUGUGUGCUGUUUGGGGGUCAUCAUAGAAGGUAACAGCUGAAAACGAGAAGAUCUAGUAUAAGCAUUACAGGCAAGAACAUGUUUUCCAAUGCCGUUUCCUUGUCAAAUGACUGAGGGGAUUGCGUGACACCCUGGACCUGUCCACAUAGCAUCCUGUACCCAAAGUCUUAAACAUAAACUUAAUGUAAAUGCAAUUUAAGAAGUUUGGAUAUUAGAUUAUUAUUUGGAAAUAUCAGAUUAUUUUUCAGUCUGUUCCUUUGACUUUGGACAAAUAAAUAACAAUCACUGCAAUUAUCACUGUACAAUAACUCUGUGAAAGCACACUGAUGACCAAUAAUGAUAAUGGGGUUUAAACUCAGUGGACCAUGUUUGUCCACCACUACACUGAGUAAGCAUGGGUUUGAGUUCCAGAGAAUGUUUGUGCAAUGGAUCUUCUCUUUUUACAUUUUAGCUGAAUAAAAAGGCAGUGUGACUGUGA